AUUAUAAGUACUACUUCGGUUAUUAUAUGGAUAAUAUAUAGUUAUUACAGAUUCAGACACAAACAAAGGAGUCUUUCUUAUGAUUUCAUGUUUUGUUUUUGUUACUGUAAAAUAUGAUUGAACACAUCGAAAAUAUUAAAUAAAAAAAUUAAAUUUUUAUUAAUAAUGUUUCAGAUUUAAUUUCUUUUGGUGAAAUUCCUGAUGGGUCCGUGGAAAGUCAGAGUUUUUAUUGACACGGCAAAUGAGAAGCUCAGAUCCGCCAUAGAUGCAAACCAGUUUUCUUUGCCUUCGGCUUUUUGAGGAUUGUUACUGUUUGUGGGAUCUUCUGUUUUUUCGUUUAUGGGCCAUAAAAGAUCUUCCAGAUUCUCUGCUCCUGCUUUUCGAUUCAAAAACCUUCUUCCCAUAACUUUGGAAACCAUGAAAACAAGGAGAAUUUAUGGGGUCUCUCUCUCUCUCAUUCUCAUAAACAUGGCUGCUAUAAUGGAAAGAGCAGAUGAAAAUCUUCUCCCAUCAGUUUACAAAGAAGUGAGUGAAGCUUUCAAUGCAGGGCCAUCUGAUUUGGGUUAUCUUACCUUCAUAAGAAACUUUGUUCAAGGAAUAGCAUCACCUCUAGCUGGUGUUCUAGUUAUUAACUAUGACCGCCCUGUGAUUCUAGCAAUGGGAACUUUCUGUUGGGCUAUAUCAACCGCCGCGGUAGGAGUAAGCCAACGGUUUAUGCAAGUUGCCUUUUGGAGAGCAGUGAAUGGUUUCGGUUUGGCUAUUGUCAUACCAGCACUUCAGUCUUUUAUAGCUGAUAGUUAUAAGGAUGGUGUUAGAGGAACUGGUUUUGGAUUGGUUAACCUUGUUGGUACUUUUGGUGGCAUUGGAGGUGGUGUUGUGGCUACCAUUAUGGCUGGUCAGCAAUAUGGGGGCAUGCCUGGAUGGCGCUUCGCUUUCAUUAUGAUGGCAACUUUGAGUUCUUUGAUUGGACUUCUUGUGCUCUUGUUUGUUGUUGAUCCAAGAAAAACUAGUACUAUUGUUGCCUCUGAGAAGGUUGAGUUGGUAGAGAAAGGCAAUGCUAGUGUUACAUCAGUUUGGGUUGAGUCCUGGACAGCAAUGAAAGCUGUUGUUAAAGUACAGACAUUUCAGAUAAUCGUGUUGCAGGGUGUUGUUGGCUCGUUACCAUGGACUGCCAUGGUGUUCUUCACCAUGUGGUUUGAACUAAUUGGUUUUGAUCAUAACAGUACUGCAACACUUCUUAGCCUAUUUGCUAUUGGUUGCGCCAUGGGGUCUCUCCUUGGAGGAAUAAUAGCAGACAGAUUAUCACAAGUCUACCCCCGCUCGGGGCGCAUAAUGUGUGCUCAAUUCAGCGCCAUAAUGGGCAUCCCCUUUUCGUGGUUCCUACUCAAAGUGAUCCCUCAGUCACUCAGCAGCUACUACACCUUUUGCAUCACUCUCUUCCUAAUGGGAUUGACCAUUAGUUGGAAUGGUUCUGCUGCAAAUGGUCCCAUGUUUGCUGAGGUUGUCCCAGCCAAGCACCGGACCAUGAUCUAUGCCUUUGAUCGAGCUUUCGAGGGCUCGGUCUCUUCCUUCGCAGCUCCCUUGGUUGGAAUUCUGUCGGAGAAAAUGUUCGGGUAUGAUUCGAAAGGGGUGGAUCCAUUGUUGGGGUCUAAACGGGAGGCUCUAGCUCUGUCUCAGGGACUUCUCUCGAUGAUGGCAGUUCCAUUUGGUGUUUGUUGCUUGUUCUACACCCCUUUGUAUAAGUUUUUUUGGAAAGAUCGUGAAAAUGCUAGAUUGGCUAGUGUUAAAGAAGAGGAGAUGAUAUGAUCAUUUUUUGAAAUCUGGGGUUACAGUUACAGAGCUUUUUUCUUUAACAUAUGACACAGUCAAAGUAUAUAAUACAUAUUAUGUAUACUUUGUGCCCAGUUCAAGUGGCCAUUCUUUUGCAUUAUAGAAUUGAUAGCAUUUGAAACUUUUGAUGAAAUGAGAACUCACGACAAUGAAAUUUACACUUUUUUCUCUUUUUGUAAA